GAUCGAUUGCUUUCGAGUCAGUUGCGUCUACGUCAGUGACGUUCCAUCAUGACUCACGUAAGCAUGGAAGACAUCCUCAUCGAGGAGGUCCGCCAACGACCUUCAAUCUACGACAAAACAACCUUAGUGUACAAAAAUAACAGAAUCCGUGAUCAGGAAUGGAAAGAAGUAGCGAAAGCAGUCAACAUGAACGAUGUCGAAGCGGUUAAAAAGCGGUGGCGUUCCUUGCGCGAUUCGUUUAUCAAAAUCCAGCGCUCGCUAAAACUCAAUCCCAAACAAGCGGUUAAAUGGAUUUAUUACAGCAGACUGAUGUUUUUAAUACCACACAUUGAGUCAAAAGAACUUGUUGUAGACGGUAGCAAGAACGAAGAAGAAGAUGAAGCUACACAAGAAGUUGAAAACGGGACUGAUUAUCGGUACGUACCCGAAGAUGCCGGGUUUUCGGACGUUUCAACUAGUUCAAAACAGGAAAUUUCAACAAAAAGGAAAAGAAAUAUCGUAGAUGAAGAUCCUUUAAUGACCGCCGAUCAGUUUUUUGAAAGUUGUGCAAAGAAAAGGGGCGAUUUGUUGGGUGAUGCUGAUGAACAGUUUUUACUAAGUUGCUUACCGGCUUUGAAAAGACUACUGCCUAAAGAAAAUGCCCUUGCGAGGAUGAGGAUACAACAAGUGUUGUUCGAGAUUGAGUUUGGGACUUGUGACCAAAGUAAUAUUGUAAUUACCAAAGAAGAGGUUAUCGAAUGAAAUGAGCAAAAGUCUGAAUUUAUAAAAAAUGCAGAACUUUAAAUUAUUAUUACGUUUUAAAAAUUAGUGAGUGAUUUAUUUUGAUGAGAAAUUUUUCGAUUUUGAUAAAGGGAAAUAUUCUAGAACCUACACUUCUACACCAAAUGGUGUAAAGGUGUUGUGUGGGGUCGGGAUGAAUUAAACAAAAAUUGCCUGAGGAUGUCAACAAAAUAGCCGAAACAUGUCGCAAGUUAUUAUAACAUUAAACUUUGAGAAUAGAAUAUUUUCUUUUAUCAAAAAUUAUAUAAAAUGGUAAAACUAUUGAUAAAUGUAAGAAUUAACUGACAUUAAGUGAGAUGAUAUAAGAAUGACUUGUUUAAAAAA